AUGAAGCACACUACAUGUAACGUAGCAUGACACGUAAAACACAAGAGCUAAACACAUGAAACUCAUCUCCAUCUCCCCCUACACAAUCACUACAUAAUCUCUGACUCGUUCCAGAUCAACACAACCAACCGAACCUCCCCAAAAUGGGCAAAGGCUCCAACCUCUCCGACGGCGUCCUCAAGAAGAUCAUCCUCUCCUACACCUACGUCGCCAUCUGGAUCUUCCUCAGCUUCACUGUCAUCGUCUACAACAAGUACAUCCUCGAUCGCAAGCUCUACAACUGGCCCUUCCCCAUUUCCCUCACCAUGAUUCACAUGGCCUUCUGCUCCACCCUCGCCUUCCUCGCUAUUCGGGUUUUCGCCUUCGUGGAGCCUGUUACCAUGACUGCGGACGUCUUCAUGUCCUCUGUUGUGCCUAUUGGUGCACUAUAUUCGAUAUCUCUCUGGCUAUCAAAUUCUGCCUAUAUUUAUCUCUCGGUCUCGUUCAUUCAGAUGCUCAAGGCCUUGAUGCCGGUAGCCGUCUACACUAUCGGGAUUUGCUUCAAGAAAGAGGCCUACAAGGGCGAGACCAUGGCGAAUAUGAUCUCCAUUUCUAUUGGGGUGGCCAUUGCGGCCUAUGGGGAGGCUAAGUUUGAUGUUUUCGGGGUGGUUUUGCAGUUGGGGGCCGUGGCGUUUGAGGCCACCAGGCUUGUCAUGAUUCAGAUCUUGCUGACAUCGAAGGGGAUUCAAUUGAAUCCGAUUACUUCGCUUUAUUAUGUGGCGCCGUGUUGUUUAGCCUUUCUGUUUGUGCCUUGGGUUUUUGUGGAGUACCCUGUUCUGAGGGAGACUUCGAGUUUCCAUUUUGAUUUCUUGAUUUUUGGGACUAAUUCUUUCUGCGCAUUUGCUUUGAAUUUGGCUGUGUUUUUGCUGGUUGGGAAGACUUCUGCUCUGACCAUGAAUGUGGCUGGUGUGGUUAAGGACUGGCUGUUGAUCGCGUUUUCUUGGUCCGUUAUCAAGGAUACGGUCACUCCAAUCAAUCUUAUUGGGUAUGGACUCGCGUUUUUGGGUGUUGGAUAUUAUAAUCAUGCUAAGUUGCAGGCGAUGAAGGCCAAGGAGGCGCAGAAGAAGGCGCAGACUCAAGGAGGGAAUGAUGAGGAAGGCGGGAGGUUGUUGGCUGAGAAGGAUGGGGGCGAGGAUGGGUGAGUGAGGAAGGCGAUUCACAGGACCAAAAUAUUAAUAUAAAGAUUAUUGAAAAAGAAUAAAAAAGCAAGAAUUUUUCAGGUUUGUGUGAAAUGGCUGGCGUUGUUAGAAUAAAGAUUGAUGAUACAAGGACUGGGGGCGCCCAUCUGCUAAUUGCAAAUGGAUCUACGAGUUAUUUACUAGGUAAUGAUCUAUAUCUAGAUUUUUAGUAUUGUUAGGCUUGUGUUUGUUUUUGUUGCUGAUAAUAGGGGGGAUUCAAGACUAUCCAUCUUGCUUCUUGGAUGUAAUUCAGUGUAGUCUUGAACUCGCUAAUGUACUUUCUCCUACAUACUGUUUUCAUUGUUCUUUGCUUGUGAA